AUGUCUGCCGAUUGGAGUGAUGACAAUACUACGAUCUUGACCGAGCUCUUUGUCCAACAAGUGCGUGCUGGCAACAGGCCAGACAAGCACCUCACUCCAAAUGCUUAUGAGGAAGUUGCAAAUGAUUUCAAAGUCAGAAUAGGUCUGGAGUACACGAGGCUCCAACUGAAAAACAAGUGGGAUAAGCUGAAGGCUGAUUACAGCAACUUCAGAAAACUCAAGUUGAAGGAGACUGGUGGUGGGUGGGACUAUGAGAGAAACACUGUCAAACAAGAUGCUGAAUGGUGGAAGAAAGCAAAAAUAGACAUCCCUGGUUGUGGCAAGUUUCAAAAGCGUGGACUUCAAAAUGAGAAUAACUUAUCUAUCAUGUUUGGUGAUAUCACGAGUGAUGGUACAGAUCAUUGGAAUCUCGCUUUAGGCACCAUUCCCCAAUCUAGUAGUGCAACUUCAGUUUUCAAUGUGGACAACAUACACGAUGUUGAUCUGGAGGAGACACAAACAGGUGAGUCGCAUGCUGAUGGAAAAGGGAAGAGACUUGGGAGGGUUGUGGAUGGCAAUAACAAGAAGCAGAAGACCUCACUUGUUAUACAAGAACAGAUAACCAGGGUUGGAGAUGUCGUAGAGAGGACCCAAUCUAGCUUUGAGUCAUACAUGAAGAAAGAAGAAAGUUCAUCGGUUACUUCUGUGAUGGAUCUAGUUGUUGUGUGCGGUGCAAUAGUAGGCAGUGAUGAAUAUUUUAUUGCUAGUGAACUAUUUGUGAAGAGAGAGCAGAGAGAGAUGUUCCUGCACAUGACUGAAAGUGUUGCUCGUUUUGAUUGGUUGCGUAGGAAAUACAACACCAAGUAUGGGCAUUAG